AUGGUCAGCAAGAAGCUUUCCGGUGCCAAGAGCCGGAAGGUCAGGGGUGGGGGGGAUGAUCAUGCCGCUAGUGCGGGAGGUGGGGGGAAGAAGGGGAAGGUUACUGGAGGUGGGGGUGCGAGACAAACCCGCCGUCAAGCCCACAGACUCCUAGACCCCUCUGACCCGGAGACUACCGAACGGAUGCUCAAUACCACUUUGAAGAGAAUGGGGUUGUAUGCGAGCAAGACGGUCGGGGAUGGGAAUUGCAUGUUUAGGGCGUUGAGCGAUCAGGUCUGGGGGAACGAUAAUCGACAUCUGGCGUUGAGGCAGGAGAUCUGCGACUAUAUGGAAGCGCAUCCGAAGAAUUUUGAAGGGUUCGUCGACACCGAACGGCCGUUUGAUCAUUACCUCUCGGUCAUGCGUCAGCGAGGAACAUACGGUGGCCAUAUGGAAUUGACGGCGUUCGCUCGAUGUAAAGGCCGAGCGGUCAAGGUCAUCAUGCCCGAGUACGUCUACAUCAUCCUACCCCGAGACGAAUCCCCGACUCCGCUCGAAGACUCGUCAAAGAACACCCUCCGAGCGUUACCGCACGGGACCUCGGCUGCGGAUCUUGGUGGCGGCGGUACGUCUUCGGCCGAAGCGUCGUCUUCGUCGUCCUCGGCCGUUCCCGUUGAGGGACAAGAGGAAGAUGGAGGUGGCACGGGGAUGGUGUAUGUCAGUUAUCACAUCUUUGAACACUAUUCGAGCGUGAGGAAUCUCGCGGGUCCUCAUAAAGGUCCACCUAGGAUAAAGGAGACCACAUUACCAGCUGAAGAACCAACGCCUCACGCCGAGUCUUCGAUAACCGAUCCAGCGGUAGAAGAAUCGGUCAAGUCCGUGUUGCGUUCGCUCCCCCCAGAUCACGGGGUCUCGGAGGACGAUAUUCGACGAAGAUUACAGAGAGGUGAUGCGUGGGAGACGGUCGUUGAUGAUUUGGUCGCCGAGGUCGGGGCCGAAGAAGAGGACGUCGAGGUUGAUGCGGUCGAGACUAAGUUGGACAAGGAGGACGGGGCGACUGGCUGGAGGGUGGAUGCUGCACCCGGCUCACACUUGGCUUGGCGAGACAAUGACGAAUCCGCACCUUCACCUACCGGUUCUCACGCUACGUGCACGCCCACAGGGUCGACGGACGGGAGAAAGAUCAAGGCGAUGGGCCGACCGCGUUUGGAAGGCAGGGCGGCGCGGACAAGACGGGUGUCGGGGAGUGCUGAUAGCCGUCCCGUACAAGACGACGACGAUGGGUACGAAACGUCGAGCUUGGAUAGUUUCGCGGCGAGUCAGGGAUCGAGAACGGGAAGCACGAUCAGUCUCGGUGGUGGAUCUGAUGGAUCCGGGUCGACCGGCUCGACGUAUCCGCUCGGCGACGUGGCCGCCUCGACGUCGACUGCGCUUCCUUCGGUUCCUUCGCCAGCCCGACCUACUCAUGGUCGGAAACGCCAACUCACCUCAGUCUCUGCCAAUGACCAGUCGUCCCGCCGCAUCACGCGAUCUCGGAACGGUGGAACCCUACCAGGUUCGCCCGCUCGGAAGACGUUCAGUGUUUUGGGAAAGAAUAUGGCCAAGGUCCGCGAUCCUGCCGUUACCCCGAACAGCGAGGGCUCCAACGCCGAGGACCAGGUCUUGCGAGGCAAAGCCAAACGCGAAGCGAGGAAGCGACGGGCCGAGAUUGGGCGUCGAGAGCGGAUCGAAGCGGAAGCCUGGGGUCUCGGGGCGGACGAGCCUGCUCAGGAUGGCCAAGGCGAGGGAAGGCGGACCCGAGGUGGUGCGGCCAAGAAGGAGGAGGGCGAAGGAGCCAUCAAGGGGAUCAAAGAGCUUUACAUCUGA